CACAUGAAAUGUCAAAAUAAUGAUAGUAAAACUCGAGAAAACUUAGGUUUUCGCUGAAAACAAUUAUUUUGAUAUUUUAUGUGUAUCAUGGUGCUUUUUUAGUGAUAAACAAUUGAUAGAAACAUAAUGGAGGCUAAUACCAUGGAGUUUAAUUUGCCACCGGCUCCACGGGGCUUGUGUUUUGAUCGGCUUGAUUUUGUCAAGACCAAUUUCUCGGUCGACAAUUUCUUGGUGGAACAUCAAAAUGCCACAUCCUUAGAAACAAUGAGAGAUGAUCUGGGAAUAUACUUGAAGGUGCUAAGACUAGCAAUGAUCGAGUUGAUAAAUAAGGACUACGCUAAUUUCGUCAAUUUAUCGGCUACUCUAAUUGGUUUUGAUAAGUCUAUUGACAAAAUUAAAGUGCCCUUGGGCACAUUGAAUGAAGAAGUGAUGAGUGUGAAACAAUGUAUAGAGAGUGCUAUGAAUGAAGUCUCAAUGUGGUUAAGCCAAAGAAACUCGCUUCAAAAGAAAAAACAACUGUUAAAAUAUUAUAGUCAAACAAUUAAAUGUUUACACACACUUGACAAAGUAUUGAGCAAUAUCUCAAAGAAAAGUAGCCAGGAGAAAAUAGUUAUAGUGGACCGAGCUGCUUUGGAAUUCAAUCAGCUUAGAUAUGCAAUAAGUAAGAGUGAAACCCUUGUGAAACCAGAACAGAAGAAACAGUUUGAAUGCAUUGAACAAGACCUGGUCCAGACCCUCAAUGAAUUGCUGUUCCAGUUCUGGAAUGAUUCCAAUGAAGACAACAUGUUGAAGACUCUUAUCACUUUAGCAUCCUUGAAUAGAGUGGCCGAAACAGAGUUGCUUAUAAGAAAGAAAGCUAUAGCACCACAUUUGAUGGAUAUAAUCAAUGAACCCUCUCUUCAGAGGAACAAGGAGGGUCUUCAAGGAUUAUUUGAUAAAAUACUUGAACUAUUAGAGAGCAAACUGAAGCUAUUUCUUACUGUAACUAAACAUUCCAAGUUGACCUUUCUAGAAAAUAAAUACAGAUUUCUUGUUAACUGCUUCUGGUGUGAGGUGGAGAGCAGACUGGAGGUCAAUCUGGCAUCCAUCUUUGCACCCGGUAACCCUAAAAUAUUCUAUAAAAGAUACAGUGAAAGUAUGCUUUUUAUAAAAAAGCUGGAGGUUUAUUGUGAAGAUGAUGACAUGGUGGCGUUACUGCACAACACUGCAGAAUAUAAAAGCUUCCAGAAGAGAUGGAAUUUACCAGUCUACUUCCAGAUACGGUUUCAAGAAAUUGCAGGUUCAUUUGAAGCUACGUUACAAACAAAUCCAACUACAGGCAGCACAAAUCCAGACUUUAUACUAAAAGAGACUGAAGCCUGUUGGCGAGCCAUGGAAGAGUGUUGGUCUCAGGGAAUUUAUAUAGAGGCCAUUGCCCACAAGUUCUGGAAGCUCACUCUACAGCUGAUAUUCAGAUAUGCUACAUGGUGUAGCGCAUUUUGUACACAGAAAAAAUCAUCACCCAAUUUAGAGCCGUCGCCUGUAAAUAGAGAUGACAUAAAAAGCAGUAUUAACUUGUACCUGGACUCGCAAUCCCUCCACCGCAAGUCUGACCAGCUGCUGCAUACAGUUGAGACCAAAAUCAACAUAGAAAACAAAGAUCUGCUCAGACAGAGCCUUCAGCCGAGCCAAGACGCUUUAAAAGGAACUAAGGCGAAGAUUAUCAAAUUCAUAGUUGAUGAGCUGUUUGAUAAAUUCAAUAGCCAGUUGAAACAAGUGAGCGACAUACCGAGGCUCUACAGGAAGACCAACAGAAGUGUUCCGACGAAGCCGUGCACAUAUUUAGAUGUAGUGGCGAAAGCGCUAGCCGAUUUCCACGAGGAUGUGACUCAGAGGGUAGAUAACGCGUUCCUAGUCGAGCUGUACGAGACUUUGUUUAACGUCAUGACUACUUCGUAUUACAAGAAUGUAGAAGAUGUACUAACUUCAGUACAGAAAACUGAGGAGUCUCUGAGAAGACUGAAGCAGAUACGAGAGAAGGCAUCCACGCCGACCAACGACAGCGCCGGGCUCACCGACGGAGACAAGAUCAGGCUUCAGCUCAAAGUGGAUGUGCUUGCCUACGAGAAACUACUACACACUCUCAAAGUCGAUCCUAAUAGCAUUCACAAGAUGAAAGAACUUAGCGCAAUGGUCACAGAAGCUGUAAAAAAUAUUGACAUUAAAUGAUGUGCCCAUUUGUAUUAACCUAUUUA